UAAAUCAAUAAAAUGAAUCAAGACAGACGAUUUAGCUAUUUUGUUGGACAACGAAAAGAUGCUGACACUAAUGAUAAAUCAAUUAUUUUAGGGCUAAUCAGAAGAAAUAAACCUGCAGAAGAGGAUAUUGUCAGUCAGGCUAGAAUAUUGUGCACAGAAUUCGUUACAACUAGGCUAAAUAGAGCAUCCCAGCUAAAUGCUAAACAGCAAUACGAAGCUUCAAAGUUUAUCCCUUCAGAUACCCUUAAAGAAAUUGAAUUUUUGGCGGGAAAACUAGAAAAAUAUUACGGGCAAUUAUUUAAUGACGUUAGUGAGCAAUUAGGUAUUCCAUUUACAUCCGAAAGUGCAGUUAGGGAAACGUUCAGAAAUGUUGCCGAAAACCUUUUUAAAGAACGAAAAUCAGUUACAUGGGCUAAAGUGAUAGCAUUAUUCUGUUUGUCGGGAAGUUUCGCUUGCGAUUGUUCUAGACAGAAUAGAAGUGAAUUCGUACCAGUGAUUAUAGAUAGUUUUACAGAAUUCGUUAAAGAUUCCCUAUUAGACUGGAUAAAGAGAAGAGGUGGAUGGGUAAGUAAGAAAAAAAAAUCUCUCUAACUUCUCAAAAUCUUAUUUGUUUAGUAAACUCACACAUUGAAAGGGCAAGUUUGUUAUCAAAUAUUCAUUCCUUCUUAUUUUAUGACAGUAAAUCUGUGCAACUAAUAAUUUAUUACUCGUGGAACAUAUUGCAAUAGCUUUUUUUAUCGUUAUAUAAAAAAAGAACUGAACAAACUUGUACCGUAAAUUACAAACUUGACAUGUCUUAACUAUAUAUCAAAAUUCUACGUAAAAACAAACCAAAAUUUUGAUAAACAUUACUUUUUUUCUUUUUUCAUCUCUUCAAUUUCCUUUUCUAAUCAUUUUUUGUUUUUCUAUUUCAAUAUUAAAUUAAGCUUUUAUUUUUCUUUCAUUUUCUUUUCCCACUGUUAAUAUAUAGGUCGACGUCGCAACCGUAUAUAGAACAACAUCCGAUGCGAAUAAAUUGUGGUUAACAAGUGUUUUUGGCGCGCUUGUUGGCUUUAUUUAUACAAUGUUUUGGACUGUUAAUAUGAAUUGAGAGGUAUUAAUUCAAAUAAAUAUUUGAGUUAACCAAGUUGGUUAAGAAUAGUCUAAGAAAAAGAUUAGAAAUGAACAAAUUUUUCCUAUUUGAGAAGAAGAAAAAUGAAAAAGAAAAAGUAGAAAUUUGUAAUAAAUUGAUUCAAAAAUCAUUUAUUUUCUUACAAUGAUUUGUAUGAAAGUCUUGUGCAAUAUACUAUAAAGUACUGCUAUAUAUAAACGAUUAAUAAAAUUAAUACAAUUAUAGUGAAAAAUUUCCCCAAUUUAUGGCAUUAAAUAAUUGAAAUAAAUGUGUAGACUUAUCUACAAUAUGUA